AUGUCGUAUGAUUACUAUGGUCCUUGUUACGCCGAAGGCAAAACAAAGACUUACCCGCCAGCUGCAUUGUACAACGGUGGAUCAACCAGUCUCAUCAACGGAGACGCCGGAAUUGUGUCGUGGAUUAACAAAGCCGGCAUCUCAAUCAAGAAGAUAGUUAUUGGUCUUCCACUAGGCUGCAUGGAAUCGGAAGCGGGGACGUGGAAGCAAAGCGGCUAUAACCAGAUUAGGGAUUUGAUCAGCCACGGGUUUCAGACAGUGUACAAUGCGACCGUGGUUAGUAACUAUUGUUACAGUGGGACGACUUGGAUUGGUUACGAUGGUAUGCAGAGUAUUAGUGCCAAGGUUUCGUAUGCUAAACGAAAGUUUUUUUGA